GUUUGGCGGCAGUACGCGUGUGGAGUGUUUUAGCGAUCGUCGUGCGGAGCUGCGUCUCAUCUGCUCUUGAGGGGUGCAUUUCUAGGGCACCUUCUUCCCCCGACUUUGCUCCGCGUCUAUAGCCUUCACCGAUAUUGUGUUGCUAAAGCAGCUGCAGCAGGCAGCCUACUUCUCCGCCGCGGUCGCAUAAAUUCGAAGUGUUGUGAAAAAAAAGUGUACCUACACGUCGCGAAGCAGCGUGAAAGAAGAGUAGCAGAGCUCUCGUUUCGAAGGACUUUCCUUCUGUACCCGUGCGCACGUCCAAGCACUCGUCAUAUUAUAGUCGGUACUAGUGGCGGGGCCGGGCACCAGACGUCGCGAGCUCGGCGUCGUUGACCUAGAAAAAUUGGGACACGCUCUACGGACUACGGAUCGAUUCGCUCGCGGUGCCAUCAGAAACAAGACCUAAGAGGUGCGUGAGACCAAGAAGUUUUUGUUUUGCCUUUCUCACUCAGUGGAAGAAGUUCUGCAUCUUUUUGGCCUGCUUCGGUUCCGAAGAAGUACGCAAAAUAUUGGGAUCAAAACCACAGCGACGAAAGAAGAGUAUCAACAUUCAACAGAAACAGUGCAACUAUACAAAGUGACCAUAGCCAGCCGGCCGUGUGUGAGACAGAGCAUAAAAAGUGGGAACCUGCUUGCUGCUACACUUACUAAGGUGGACCAAAAACGCAGAAUCUAGUUCUUUAGUAGCCCCAUUGUUUGGUCGGUUGGUCGGUCCUCCGGACACGAGUGUGGGGGACCUUGACUGGGGCUUGGGGCGAGUGCGUCUCUCGUUGCUGUAACAAGUACCAGCCAGCAAACGUGCGAGCCAGCGGCAGCAGCAGCAGCAGAGGCCCCGUCAUCACAGCCGAGUGUGCCACCACGCGACCCAAUCAACGAAAAAGAGGACAAGGAAGUUAGCCGAGAAUGGACCAAACGACAGGCGGAAGCAAAGGCCGUACCGUGGAGACGAUCAAAGUGGAACCGGACUUCUACUUUCCGGCGGCGGAGAUGGUCAUCGACGAGGACUACGAUGACGAAGAACCGGAGGGAGGACAACUGCAGAUGCAUCAGAUUAAUCUGUACGACAGCCCGUCGGCCGAUUCAAAGUUAGUGGGUGAUAUUAAGAAGUUUGAAGUGAUGAGUGAUGUAGAAGAAGACGACAAGGACGAUGAGUUUGAGGACGAGGACGAAGACGAUAGUAAUAGUAACAAUGAUGGUGUCGGACAGGGGAAGAAGUACGAGUGUAAUCUGUGUGGGAAGAAGUUCUUCAGUCCAGGACAUCUCACCAGACAUGGGAGGAUUCACACGGGGGAGAAACCGUUCCCGUGUACCCACUGUGAUAAGGCAUUCAUUGAAGCGUCCAGCUUGAAGGUUCAUCUUAGGACCCACACGGGCGAGAAGCCAUACCGGUGCGAAUUGUGCAACAGAGAUUUCACCCAAUCCUGCAACCUACAGUCGCACUACCGCCGCAAUCACGGUGUCGACCCGAAAGUUACCCCUCGUCUGUUCGAUCAGAUGCGACAGCAGGCUGCUUCCAGCAAUGCUGCCGCCGCCAACUCUUCAUCCCCUCAGUGGCCAUCACAGCCGUCGGUAACAGUGCGGGCAAUGCCGAAGCUCAUACCGAAACCGACCGCCCAGCCAUUCCAGUGUUGCGUUUGCGACGAACCAUUCUUCGAUCGGGACCUGCUACUCAUUCACGAGGAAACCCACGUUCCGGAGGCGCCCUUCGAGUGUCGCUUCUGCACCACGAUGUUCACCGAACUCUCCAAUCUCAGAUCUCACGUCAAUGUACACAAGGCCAACUUGAGAGCUCAACCACCGCAGGGCCUCCAUCCGAUACGGCAGUCAACGGCAGGGAUUCGAGUGUUUGCCAAUGGGCCAGUCGCGCGUAAAAUGGAACCGCAGCAGCAAGAAGCGUCCGGGUCCAAUGCAGUUCUGAAUUCAAAUCAACCGUUUGUCGCGAGCGGUGAUGAGCAGCGUCCCUACAAAUGCGUCGAAUGUUCGGCGAAUUUUGAGAAGCACGAGCUCUAUUUCCACAUGCGAGUGCAUCUGAAGCAGAAAAAUAUAUUCUCAAAGAAGAGUCUGAAGUGCGACAAGUGUGAAAAGGUCUUCGAAAAAGAACUGACACUGAAAAAGCACAUGGAUUUGGUCCAUCCAAUUGUGUCGAGUGUCUCUUCAGGCGAUGGAUCUUUCCUUCUGGAAGCGCUAAAAACCGACGCUCGAUCGCUAUCCCCUGUGGCAACGAAGUCCGGCAAAGUGGAGAUCUCUUCGGAAGUGGAAGUGAACGAACCGGAUGAUGUUAUCGAGAUCAAGGAAGAACCCGAAAGUGCCCUCGGCGAUGACCAGGUCAAUUCAACCGUAUCCGAUAAUCCUAUUUUGACGCAGUUAUUGAACACGAGUAGCGAACAACCGAAUUCUCGCAACGGAACUCCGGUCGACGCACCGCCGGUGGACAACGAUGUUUCUACAAACGAAGGUGGGUUCGUGAUCAGUGCAGUGGCAACGGUGGAUCACAGUUUUCUGGAGCGACUUGAACGGAUGGAACAAAGGCAAAAGCAAGAACACAUGGACCUGGAAGCCAAACUGGUAGCUCCUUCCGUUAGACGGAUGCCUGUGUUAGAGGAAAGCCUUCGUCGCCCUCCUAUAAUGGCCCAAAAAUCUGCCGCAGCCCCCGUCAACAUCCCGCAGAUUAUCCAUACCGGUCCGUUCCGCUGUUCAUUUUGCAUGAAGGAAUUCAAUGAGCACUUUGGCCUGCGGCAACAUAUUCGUGCCAUGCACUACUCCGAGAAGCGCCACAAGUGCAAAGAGUGCAACAAAAAGUUCUCCUUGGGCAUCAGUUUAGCCAUUCACCGUCGUGUUCAUACUUCGAUCCGGCCGUUCACCUGCAUCGUCUGUUACAAGACCUUUACCCGGUCUACAGCCCUCAACGGACAUCUUUCCUCACAUUCCUACGGGCGAGUCAAAUGCGCAGAAUGUGAUGAAGUGCAACCCAGCGUGUUUAACUACAUGAAGCACAUUGAAAAGUUCCACCCGGAUUUCAUGCAUAAUGUUGCCACCUAUCGAACGCAAGCGGAGACUCUGAUGGAACGCCGCCGUCAGUUGAUUUUGGAAAUCACACAAGGUUUGGCUGAACACCGCUCGGAGAUACCCAACGUUUUGGCACGUCUCCGCGGCGAACUGGCACCUGACUCCAGGAAAAAUGACGACGAGGACGAAGUGAGUUCCAGCGAGCAGAUUGAGGUGCAACGGGUCCGGCCCGAUUCCAGCCAGUCCGGAGAGGUCAGUUCGGCCUCGGAAGAGCACGAAGCCCGCCGGUCACUGAAACGGGACUCGUUACCAGCGCUGCGAGCCGAGUUGCGUAAGCGACCUCUCCGUAGCAACACGGCUGCGGACGAUCUGGACGAUUCGGUGUUGCCUCCAUUUAGGAAAUCGGCUCGCUCAGCCGGAAGCUCUUCACCUAAUCUUAAGCGCCUGUUGGAGCAGAAUAGUUCCAGUUCGUUCGGUUCGGCGGAGAACAGUCGGGAGGCUACUGAACAGGAGAUACCACCAGCAGUGUCGGUGAAAAAUGAACCAGCAAAUUAGGCGGGAAAAUUUCACCAUGUUUCAAUGGAAAGUUGUUUCAAUUAUUCGCUUCUAAACGCUGUAUAUAUUUAGCUUAUUUUGCCAGUAACAUCGAAAAACUACAACCCGACAGAAGAAAUUUCACCUAAUCAUUGACCUCAAUUUCAUGUAGCGUAAGAUAUGAAUGCACUUAAAAAUUGGUAUAGUUAUAAGAUAUCAUAAAUCAUCGAAAUAAAAAAAAUGUCCCAAACUGUUUA